CUCUCUCUCUCUCAAAAAUAAAAAAUAAACAUUGAAAAAUUUUAAAGUUGAGCUGGAGCCUCACAGCAGGGUCUGGAGUACUUCAGAGAUGAUGGACUCUGGUACAGUGGGGGUUACAGGACUUCACUGAGGGCUGGGUUAUUUCACAAGGUGUGAGAAGAUUAUGGGGAGUGAAGAAGAUUUGGAGUAUCUCAGAGGAAUAUUACAGAGGAGGCUAAAGUCUCCUGGGAGAAGCUCGAUUAUUUGAGGGAGCAGGGGUACUUCAGAGGGGGCCGGACUCUUUUACAUGGUGCAACGAGAUUGUCUCAGAGGUGAGCGAGUAUGGUGGUGGGGACGGUGUGUGACCCUGAGGUUGUCCGGAGAGCCCCCUUAGCCCUGAGUCUGUAGUCCAAGGAUUCCAGGGGCAUCCCUGGGAGUCCAGGCUCGUGCUCUCCCCUGCCUCCUCCCACGGCAGGCCAUCACCUCCAUUUCAGCCACCAGCAGUCCUGACGUAUGGACUAUGCUGGUGACCGUGGCCCUGGGAGCCAACGUCCGCUGUUGACUCCAAGUCAAUGACACCAAAGAGAAGCCAGUCCCAGUGCAGAAUCCUGCCUGAGCUCUGGGGCUUCCAGAUAAGGGUCAGGCCAACUUGACCAUCCCUCUGCCUCUGGGCAGGACUUCCUUCCCCUUUUCAGCAGCCCUCUCCCAAGAGUUGAAGUAGGGGGCAUUGAUGGACACAGACCCUUCUGGUUCCAGGGGUCUCUGCAGUCUAGCCACAGUCCCUUCUGCACUGAUGGGGGAGGGCAUACUUAUUUCCUGAGUAUGGGAACCCUGUUGGGGUGGGGGAGCCUACUCUCCUGCAGCCCGUGAGAUCUGAGGCCCUCGGGGGGCCAGGAGCGCUCAGUGCUCGAGAGGGUGUCAGUAGGUGGUGGGUGGAAGAGUGUGUGCCAACUCUGGGUGGCCUCAGGCCCUCAGGGGCCAAUUCCUGUUUGUCCUACUAUGUACAGCUUCAGCUACCUACUGGGCUGUCACUUCACCAAGUCUCAGCUGGACUAUGCCAACUUCUCCAACUGCUACACAUGACACCCUCCCCCUUCCAAAGGGCGAGUGGCCCCAGCUCACUUAACAUGGGACAGAGCCCCAGACACCCUCCGUGCCCGAGCACCCACAUUUCUACCUUCUGUGUCCACACCCCCGGCCGCACACCCUGUACAAUGAGGCGGCACAAUGCUGUGGUUUCUCAUCCAGCGUCAGGCCUGGGGCUGGUAUCUCACCUCUCUGAAUGCCCUGUGUCUCCAUCAAACUGAAGACUAUCCUCUUAUCUCCCCUCUUCCCACCCCCCAGCAGACUGAGGCUCCCUGGGAAUGGAGAAUUUGAGGAUGGGGGUGGAGGGCUCCCGACAGUCCUCUAGGCCUUAUCAGAAUGGGAAGAAAGAAUGCAAAUACUGUCUCUGAGACAGCUAGGUCAGCCUGGCCUGGCAUAUGCCCAAGCCUGGAGUCCCUGCCAGAGGAAGGAGAGAAGAAAGGGAUGAGGGAUCACCUUUUAUUGAGCAUCUACUGUAUGCCAGGUCCUAUUCUAGACAUUCUACAUGCAUAGAGUUUCUGUUCCUUUUUUAAAAAAUUUUUAUGUGUUUUUUUUUCAUUUUUUAAAAUUUAUUUUUGCCCUUCCUCACUGCCCUCCAAAUCUCGCUGUAGCCAUUGCCUCAACCACGAUGCCGAAAGGAAAGAGGCAGAGUCAGCAGCAGCCGCCGCCACCGCAGCAGCCCCCGCGGGAAGAGACUGGAGACGAGGAGGAUGGGAGUCCCAUAGGACCACCCAGCCUUCUGGGCCCUCCCGCCAUGGCCAAUGGAAAGCCUGGUGGCCCUAAGUCAGCCCCACACUGGGAUCCACCCACAUGUCCACCAUCAGAAGAAUGGAUAAAUAAGUUGUUGCAUGUGCAUGUGAUGGGAUACUACACUGCAAUGAAAAUGAAUGAACUCCUGCUACCGGCACCCAGGAUGAAUCUCACACACACGAUGUUGAGCGCAAGGAGCCAGACAGAAAGGAAUGAAGACUCUCUUCACGGAGGUCCUCCAGGCUCAAGGGGACCAAUGAUUCCACCACUGCUGAGUCUCCCACCUCCUCCCCGGGGCAGAUGCCCAAUUCGGGGGGGCCUAGGCCCCAGAUGUGGCCCAUAUGGUCGUGGUUGGUGGGGGGCCAAUACUGGACCUCCUUUUCCUGGACCAGGCCAUGGGGGUCCUUCCAGGGGAGGCUUUCACAAAGAGCAGAGAAAUCCUCGAAGGCUCAAAAGUUGGUCUCUUAUCAAAAAUACCUGCCCACCCAAGGAUGGCCCCCAAGUUAUGGAAGACAAAUCCAACCGCCGACACUUUGCCACAAAGGGUCACUGUCGAUAUGAGGACCUCUGUGCCUUCUACCACCCAGGCGUCAAUGGACCUCCUCUGUGAGACUGUGCCUUCCCAUCUGGGCUGGAAGGAGCCCUCUGUGACCUAGCGGCCAUAUAUUUCCCUGUGACCCUGGGAUGGCUACCGGGAGGCUGUUCCACCCACCACCCUCAGUCAGUGACACCCACCCCCAUCCGCCACCUCCCCAUUUGGGGUCCAGAGUUGUGUUUCAUCACUGGGGCCCAGGGUGUCGUCUUUCUUCUGAUCCAGCUUCCAGUGACUCGCCUUCAGGACCCCAUCUUUGCUCCCCUCAACUGCCUCCUGGAUCCUCUUCCCCCUCACCAACGGACUGCUGAACAGGAAACCUCUUUGGUGCUAUUUCUUGUGCACCUGCCCACCCAGCCCCCGGUACUGCCCUCGAUUCCAGAAAGCUCUGGAACAGUUUCCUACCAUUGCCUUCUGGCUGCUUAAGUCCUUUUUAUGUGACAAACCUUACCCUCAAAGUUGCCAGUUACUCUGUGAAACUCACCAGGUCAAUCUGGGGUCAAGUAUGGAUGACCCGUGUAGAGUUACUUCUUGAAAGGCCAUUCUCCCUGCUUUUGGAUUUUGUAGUUUCUGCGUCAGUAGCACGAUCCCCACCUCUCUGGUCUGUGAUCACUGUGCUUUGUGAAACUGCGCAACCCUUCGUACACAGCCUCUCUCAGUGUCCGUGGCAUCUUUGUGGCUUCCCGACACUAGAGUAAGUUUUUCUGCCCAAACGAGUGAGACUCGGUGCCCUCUAGACUUUCCACACCUCCCAACGGUGGGAGAAUUGUGAACCUUUCUGCAAGACUGCCUCCCUGGUCUCCCCAUCCUGGUGUCGGUUUCUCUGGGUUUGACACAAGCCCAUGAGAUGUCCUCUAAAGCUUCUGAUGGGCAACCCUAUCUCCUCUCCAGCCCACUUUAGCUAGACUAUGUCAUUGUGAGGCCACCAGCCCUUUCGUCUGAAUUCUGUGAAUCUCCACCCGGCCUACCUUUGGGUGGAACCUGGACAGUACUGUCGCCUUCGUCUAACCUUCUUCCCUGCAUCCCUGGCACUGGUUGUUUCCUGUGAAAGCGGCAGUGAGUUUUGAACUGGCCCUGAGGAAAUGGGUCAGGGGUUGUGUGGCCAAAAGGGAAGGAUGAGAGCCGUUGGGGAACUGAGAACGAAUUUUUUUUUCUUUUUAACAUUUUUUUUAUAUUAGCAAUAAAUGCAGUGGAAAAAAA